AGCCCAGUGGAGGCGGAAUAAAAACACCGGGAUUUAACUUUUUGAGGCUUUUAUCGCCAUCAUGUUAAAAUCUAAAACCUUCGUUAAAAAGACCCGGUCGGGUGGGGUGAUGAAGAUAGUUCGUGAGCAUUAUCUGAGAGAUGAUAUUUGGUGUGGAAGUGAAGCUUGCACUGAAUGCCAACAGGAGUCCACGGUGUUGCAGAAAGACGCAUGUAUUGAGAGCAAUCUCUGCUCCUAUCCACAUUAUCUGAUCCCUGACACGAACGUGGUGCUGCAUCAGAUUGACGUGCUGGAAGAUCCUGUGAUUCGUAAUGUGAUUAUCCUUCAGACUGUACUGCAGGAGGUUCGCCACCGCAGUGCACCAAUCUAUAAACGCCUGAAGGACAUCAUACAUGAGAAGGAGAAACACUUCUACACCUUUACCAGUGAGCACCACAGAGAGACGUUCAUUGAACGUGAACCAGGCGAGAGUGCCAAUGACCGCAACGACCGUGCAAUCCGCGUGGCAGCCAAAUGGUACAGCGAGCACCUGAAGCCAUUGGAGGCAGAGACAGAUGGGCUGAAGGUGGUCCUCCUCACCAAUGACCAAGGGAACAAGCAGAAAGCAGAGGAGAGUGGCCUGCUGGUGUACAAAUUUGAAGAGUACAUCAAGGGUCUGAUAGCGAAUUCUGAGCUUGUGGAUCGUCUGGCUUUGUCCAAUGAUGACAAGAAUGAGGUCACUAGUAGCAAAGUGUUGUUUCCAGAGCACCUUCCUCUGUCAAGGAUCCAAGCAGGAAUUAAGAGUGGCUCAUUCGUCCAGGGCACCUUCAGGGCCAGCAGGGACAACUAUCUGGAGGCCACAGUCUUUGUCCAGGGAGAGGGGGAAGACAGCACAGAGAUUCUCAUCCAGGGUCUUCAGAACCUCAACAGAGCAGUGCACCAGGAUGUGGUUGCUGUACAGCUGUUGCCGCGGAAUCAGUGGGUAGCACCCUCCUCAGUCGUUCUUCAGGACGAAGGCACAGCGAAGGAUGACGACGUUGAAGAGGAGGAGGAGGAGAAAGCGCUGAGGAUAUCAGCAGCUGAGGCAGCCAGGAAGACCACAGGGAAAGUAGUGGGAAUCAUCAAAAGGAACUGGAGACCAUUCUGUGGCAUGCUCAAUGUCUCCCAGAUCAAAGAGUCCACCCGCCAUCUUUUCACUCCAGCAGACCGCCGCAUCCCACGCAUUCGCAUCGAAACACGACAGUCCUCCACACUGGCAGGCCAGAGGAUCAUUGUGGCCAUCGAUGGCUGGCCCAAAGACUCCAGAUAUCCAAAUGGUCACUUUGUUCGCAGUCUGGGAGGUGCAGGGGAGAAGGACACAGAGCAGGAGGUUCUGCUACUGGAGCAUGACGUUCCACACCAGGCCUUCUCUCAGGCUGUGCUCAGUUUCCUUCCCAAAAUGCCGUGGGCCAUCACACCAGAGGACAUGGUGAAGAGAGAGGACCUGAGGCAGUUGACAGUGUGCAGUGUGGAUCCUCCGGGAUGUACAGAUAUAGAUGAUGCCCUGCACUGUAGAGAGCUGGAAAACGGAAACCUUGAGGUGGGCGUCCACAUCGCAGAUGUCAGUCACUUCAUCAGGCCUGGCAAUGCUCUGGACAAAGAGGCUGCCAACCGGGGCACCACUGUGUACUUGUGUGGCAAAAGGAUAGACAUGGUUCCUGAACUGCUCAGCUCCAAUCUUUGUUCUCUACGCUCCAACGUGGAGAGGCUGGCUUUUUCAUGCAUCUGGGAAAUGAACCACAAGGCAGAAAUUCUGAAGACCCGGUUCACAAAAAGUGUUAUUAACUCCAAGGCAUCUCUGACCUACGCUGAGGCCCAGAUGAGGAUCGACGACACCAGCAAGAGUGACGAUAUCACCAAGAGCUUGCGGGGUCUCAACAAGCUGGCAAAAAUCCUCAAGAGGCAGAGGAUAGAGAAAGGGGCAUUGACGCUUUCGUCCUUAGAGGUCCGUUUCCACAUCGACAGUGAAACCCAUGACCCCAUUGACCUCCAGACCAAAGAGCUCAUGGAAACCAACUCCAUGGUAGAAGAGUUCAUGUUGCUGGCCAAUAUUUCUGUUGCCCAGAAAAUUUAUGAUGAAUUUCAAGAGUGUGCUCUGCUGAGGAAACAUCCAGCACCGCCUCCAUCCAACUAUGACAUCCUGCUUAAAGCUGCAAAGUCCAAGGAUGUGGCCAUUCACACAGACACAGCCAAGGCACUGGCUGACUCCCUGGAUGUGGCCAAAGUGGACGGCUUUCCAUACUUCAACACUCUACUGCGCAUCUUGGCAACUCGCUGCAUGAUGCAAGCAGUCUAUUUUUGUUCUGGCAUGGACAGCGAUUUCCACCAUUACGGCCUUGCUUCACCCAUUUAUACACACUUUACAUCACCCAUUAGGAGGUACGCAGAUAUCAUAGUGCAUCGCCUGCUGGCAGUGGCCAUAGGAGCAGACAGCACCUACCCGGAUUUGAUGGACAAACAUAAGCAGUCAGCCCUCUGCAACAACCUCAACUACAGACACAAAAUGUCUCAGUACGCACAGAGGGCGUCUGUUGCCUUCCACACACAGCUGUUCUUCAAGAGCCGAGGCAUACUGAACGAAGAAGGAUUUGUUCUGUUUGUGAGGAAGAACGCCAUCAUUGUACUCAUCCCAAAGUUUGGCCUGGAGGGGACGGUCUUCUUUGACACCAAAGACAAAGUGUCCCCAAGCGUUGUUUUUGACGAAGAGGGUCCUGCUCUGACUGUACAGCAGCACACGUUCCAUAUAUUUGACAAGGUAAAGGUCACCAUCAGCCUGGAUGACUCCAAUAUUCAGCACCAGAAGAUCCGCAUGGCUCUGACUGAACCUGUGAUUCCUGGUGUGAGUGUUCCAGUCCCAGAUGCUGCACCGCAGGCCAAGAAACCCAAACUGGACCGCUGACAGAAAAAGCAGCUCCAUAAUUCACCUGAACCACAAGAUGAACCACCAGAUCAGAAAUCAGUCUGUAAAAGAACCAGUUUGGACUAUGAUGCAUUGACACAGUUAACUGUUAUGUUUCAGAUAUUCUGUUUUUCAUUUUUAUUUUUUUAAUAAAUCCACCACAGCAAAGACACAUUGUUCCAAUCUGACCUGCACCACUUUGUUGUUAUACUUGUAAUUUUAUUAGGAUUUGAAGCAGGAUAAAUGCAGUGUAACCUGUCAAACAACAGUGUAAUAUGCAACGGUCAUUAAAAUGUUUUUUAACACA